GGUUAGGUACGUAGAUAGCUGCAUGAGUAUUGUAGAUUGAGUGCGAGAUCAUAAAAUUGUAGUAUAGUGAACCGGGAUUAUUUCAACCUCGAUUGUCUUCAUAAUCCAUCUAUUUCUGAAAUCCAGAAUGAUAAAGCUGGGUGUGCAUGACAGUAUAAACAUCUCUUACGAUGUAUGGGAUCAACUCACUGAACAAUUGUUGAGUUUACAUCUAUAAUGAUAUGCUCUCAAUCGCCUCAUGUAUUCAAGCAAUCCGAGUGACAGUUCAACGGGCUCUGCUGAACGAGCUGGGUCGUCUUCAUCCGCUUACUCAGCGUUUCAAGAGCCAUUAUCAUGGAUGGCCGUGCUAAAAGGCUCAUCCUUGUCAGAGACAAGAAACAACUUCAUCCAAAAAUUCAAUUAAUUCCACGAAAGACAUCAAAACUCAUUUCGCAGCUCGUUAGCUCUGCAAAGCUCCUGAAUCUUAUCGCAGAGCCGUACCUUGAAGUGUAGCCAUUAAGAUCGUGGCAGGGCCAAGAUGUCCUUUCAAUUUGUGAACCAGUCCGAUAUCACUAAUACCAGGGAAAGAAAGCUGAUCCGCAGUCAUGUCAUGAAAGGGAAAAAUCUCGGCAAGAAAAAGCCAAAGAGAAAGCAACAAUCUGAAUCGACACCUAGUACACCCAUCGUAUCCGAAAGGCCGGAAAUCGAUAACGGGGCAAGUUCGUUAGAUUUGCUGAGAUCUUUACAACGCGAGAGCUCCGUGCCUGUGUCGGUGCCUGUGAUAUUUCGUCAGGUUGCCAACGAGUUCAAUACCCUAAUCUCCAUGACAGGAGUCAAUGUCACUUCGGAGACUGUAUCUUACAUUCGACACAUGUUCUUCUAUGUCCUCGACGUCACCUCGCCCGCCAAGUUCUGUCAGUCUACUGGGGUCACGGCGCAGAUGUGGGCUCAUCUCGCAAUCCAUAACAAAGCAUACUUCCAUUGCACCAUCGCCAUGGCUUCGGCUUGUGCCGCCUUUGUCGCUGGGGAUUCUUAUCACUCCCCAGUCGCACUAGGUCACAUGUCCCAAGCAUACCGCCUCUUAAACGACAGACUCUCAAGUAAAGAGCCUUUAUCCGAUACUACGGUAGCCGUUGUGGCAGCCAUCAACGUAUAUGAUAGGCUGUAUGGCGAUCCACAGAAAGCCAUGGUUCAUCUGAAUGGGCUCGUAGAUAUGAUAGCGUCAAUAGGGGGCAUCAGCGAGCUCGCGAAAAGAAAUAUCAUCAUAGCUGAGAAGAUAUUCCAAUGUGAUAUCGAGCUCGCGCUGUCAUGCGGCUCAACGCCGAAAUUCUCUACAGCAGUCGUACCUCCAAAUCUUGUUCUAACAAGCCCCCUCUGUUGGCAUCAACCUCAUGGCAGCGGAGACGCGGAGCUCAUGAAUUCGGUUCUGUAUCAAUCAGUAAGCGCAGAACUCGGUGAACCAGUACUCGAAGCCCUGCGAUUUUCACGCAUCCUCGAUCAAGCCACCCACGCUCAGAAACUAGAUUCACUAGCCUACCAAUGCACGCAUAUCUACAUCGGCUACCGACUCCUCGAGACGAAACUACAUAACGAAUCCGGAGCCGGCACGGGCCUCGACGCUUUAGUGCACGUGGCCUUGACAGGCUUCCACAAUACCUUCUGUUUCAGCAUCGGUGGGAAGUUGCUGGCAUUUCCGCUCAUUAUGGAUCGGUUCAGAACAGCGGCACAGAGCGCGCGCGGAGACGACAGAGUGCAGCAGAUGGUGGUCUUCUGGGCAUUGCUUAUGGGGAGGAUAUCGGCGCUUGCAGGCGACGACGAUACUUGGCUUGUUGUGAAAGUAGAGAUGCUUGCGCGGGACUUGGGACUUCGGACCUGGGCUCAAGUAAGCGAUGCACUGGGCACGUUCCCCUGGGUUAAGGCUGUGCACGAUGCUCAUGGAGAGAGAUUCUGGCGCGCGAAGAUUGAGCGGGGAUUGCCUGUCCUAGUUGCCUAGGUGUUUGGACUUUUAGAUGAACCGAAUGAUUGCAUAGUAAUAGUGUCGUGGAAUGGAAUGGAAUGAAAAUUGAUUUCUCAACACAUAGGGAUAUCGUAGCACAUUUUAUGAAUAUAAUUGCAUAUAUGAUUUCGAC